AUGGCGGAUUUAGGAGUCGUUUGUAAACAGACGAAUGUGUCUGCUCUCCAAGAUGAAACAAUUGCAGAUUUGACGGAGCUCGAGGAUCUGGAAAAGGUGUAUUUAAAUCUUUGUAAUGAAGAGAAACAGGUCCAAGCAUAUCUACAGGUACUGGGAGAACAGCAAGGAACCAUUGAAAACAAGAUGCAGUUGCUUCAGAGGAUGAGACCAAAACUGCAGCUGAUUGAAGGAGAUGCCUCUCAACUUGGUGGAAUGAUCAACUUUACCUGUAGUCUGGCUGAAAAUGUUAGCAGCAAAGUCAGACAACUGGACCUCACUAAGAAACGAUUGUAUCAGGCUAUACAACGUGCGGAUGAUAUUCUGGACUUGAAGUUCUGCACAGAUGGUGUUCAGACUGCCUUACACAGCCACGACUAUGAGCAAGCAGCUGCCCAUAUCCACCGCUACCUUUCACUUGACCAGUCAGUCAUAGAGCUCAGUCGACAGGGAGGAGAAGGCAGUAGUGUGGAGACGAGCCUUGCGUUGUUGAAGGAUGCAGAAGUGGAGCUCAAAGCUCUGGUGACCAAGCGCCUUGAAGAAGCAGUAGCUGCAGAUGACAUCACUCAGGUGGAGCGCUUCUUCAAGAUCCUUCCUCUGCUACGCCUGCAUGACGAGGGCCUUGCACUAUUUGCUAAUUACCUCAGCAAACAGCUGGCCAGUAAAGCGCAGGACAAUCUGACACUGGCAGUCACAUCGGAUGUAGGAGAAAGGAGAGCACCCAUGAUCUUCGUAGACACUCUGACACUACUGUUGGAAGGAAUUGCCCGUGUUAUUGAGACACAUCAGCCUAUUGUGGAAACAUACUAUGGCCCUGGGCGAUUGCAUACCCUUAUCAGUCACCUUCAAGCAGAGUGUGACAAGCAGGCCCAAAGUAUUGUGGACAAAUUUAUCCAGAAUAGAGACUAUCAAAAUAAGUUUCAGGUGGUACAGACAAGCAUGCUGAAGGGGGUGUCUACAGAUAAAAUCGUGGUCAGGGAAUUAGAUGCUGUCCUAUCCGAAGUAACUCUUAUGAACUCAAGAGCAGAGCUUUACCUGCGUUUCUUAAGGAGACGCAUGACGGCUGAUUUUGAAGUCGCAGAUGCCAACGCCGCUGAUGGUGUCCCUCAGGAGCAUCAGCGGUGUACUGAGCGCCUGUUGAAGGAGUGUGAGUUGAGCUGUCGUAUGCAAGAACUGAUUGGCUGCUACAUACCCAUGGAGGAGUACUACAUGAGGGAAAACGUCAACAAAGCUGUUGACAUGGACACAUGGGAAGUGGGACAGAUGACGUCCAGCAUGGUGGACGACGUUUUUUACAUUGUGAAGAAGUGCAUAGGCCGCGCUCUGAGCAGCCAGUCUUCUGACUGUGUGUGUGCUAUGAUCAACCACGCCACAAGUCUACUGGAGCAGGAGUUCAGAGAGGUGCUUGUGGGCAGGUUGCGGAUGGGUUAUCCCAGUAGCGCGCUCGCAGACCUGCAGAGAGGUGUGAGCAGUGCUGUUAGCCUCAUGCAGAGCAGUCUUCAGCAAGGUAAAUUACACACACACAUCGAGAGCCAGGAACAGGCCAAGAAUGCCUUCCUCAUGACCCUCAACAAUGUGGACGUGUGUAGUGAGAACAUCAGCACCCUGAAGAAGAGCUUGGAGAGUGAUUACGCAAAACUUUUAAGUCAAGGGGCAGCAUCUGAGCAUGCACAGGCCAAGAUUGACAGCUGUUUAAUGGACAUGGUGACUACAUCCAGCAAGUUCAAAGACCUGCUUCAGGAAGGUUUGUUGGAGUUGAAUAACUCGGCCAUCAAGCCUCAGGUAAAGCCGUGGAUCACCAGCUUCCUGUCUUUCUCGCAUAACAUUGAAGAGGAGGAGUUUGGGGAGUACGAGGCCAAUGACCCGUGGGUGCAGCAACUCAUCGUCCAAUUAGAGCAGCUCAUGGCGGAGUUUAACACCUCUCUUUCACCAGCAAUUUUUGACACUCUCACCAGCUUGAUGAUGAAUUUCAUCUCGACGGAAAUGGAGAAGACCGUGUUCAAGUGCACCUUCAGCAGGCUAGGCGGCCUGCAGUUUGAUAAAGAACUGCGCUCUCUCGUUGCAUACCUCUCAUCUGUCACAUCCUGGACCAUCAGAGACAAAUUUGCUCGACUGACACAGAUGGCUACCAUCCUUAAUUUGGAAAGGGUGUCUGAAAUCCUGGAUUAUUGGGGUCCCAACUCUGCUCCACUGACAUGGCGCCUGACCCCCGCUGAGGUGAGGCAGGUGCUGUCCCUCCGCGUGGACUUCCGAAGUGAGGAUAUAAAGAGGCUACGUCUGUAACCGCCUGUCACAAAAAUAGGCAUUGCUACGCUAUGUUGUUGUACAUAGAACCAUUGGUGAACUAUAGAGAGCAGUCUGUGUUUUAGUUUUGCUCCGUUACAAUGUGUUGAUAUUUAUUGUUAAUUUUAGUCAGCAGUUCAGCCAGAAAGGCUGAAGCUUAACGUUGGACUAUUCCUUAUAAAAAAAACAAGGCAGGGGGCAAAGAGUUAAUAUCAAAUCUGUUUUUCCACUUUACAUAAUAUUGUAAAUGUUUGUGAUUCUGGUUCUCUACUCUUGGGAAAUAAAUAUGUAAUUUGCUUGGCUGCUAAUUGCCCAUCUUUUUUCUUUUUUCUGAAUUGCUAAAACACUAAAUGUCAUUGUUUGAACCCAGUGCUCAGUGGCCUGAAGCCAUCUAGUGCAGUGAUCACUAUUUUGACAAUAUCAUAAACAUCAUUGAACAUUCCAGUCUUAUCAAUGUCCCAUUUACAAUAUUUUAUUGUCUCAUUUACUGAACAUUUUGUCUUUUCCAGUACCUUUUCCAAUACUUUAUUUUCACUGAAUGUACAGUAAAUGCUGAAUCCACGGAGUUAGGAAAACGUUUUUAUUUUUGGAUAUGCAAAAUGAAUUUACUGUAUUGUUAUGAGUAAGCACUAUGUUUUCAAUGACAGCUCAGUAGUGUGUUUUUCUUUUCAUUUUGACUGCACAGUUAAAACUGUUUUAAGGCGAUUCCUUGAUUUUGCAAAAAAAUGUCAGAGGUUUUGUGACUGUUGUUUGGGAAUGAGGUUUUGUGUUAACAAUCUUCAGGAAAUGGUAGAAGGUUUAAAAAAUGGUUUCAGCAAUUGUGAAAAAUUCUAAUAUAAAAAACAUUAAAGAACAGUAAACAAUGAGCCUUUCAGUGUGUCUGAAAAGCACUGGGCUUGAUCAGGGUGGGUUAGCUUUACUGUAGAGUUCAUGAGUUACCAUAUGUACCAUGUGUGGUGUGCUAUUUUACAACACAAAUGUAAAAAAUAAAACAAAAUAAUACUGAUUUCUGGGA